UUUGCGUCUAUUGUACUCCAUCCAAAAGCUCCUACAUAUACACGCAUUUAUACUUUGUGAUAUAUAACAACAACACCAACAUGUCUAGCACGGCCGACGUCGUGCUGCUAACAACUGCAACUCCAUUACCUUGCAAGCCGUUUUCACUCAGUCCGUUGCGUUUGAUCGAUAGAGCCGUGUUUUUAUGGCGUACAAUUUCGUUUUGAGAUUUUGAAAUCUUUUCAAAAACGAAUACAAGUGAAUGUUUAAUUUUUUUAGGCAGCUAAAAUUUCAGUUUUUCUUAUUUAUGCCAGUUGUAAAGAGCGUCGUGAAACUACGGUCUAAUUUUGCAGUUGUGUUUGAUUAGAAUUAAAACGAAAUUCACAAAUAACACUUUUUAAUUUCAAAUUUAAAUUCUACAUAUAUUCGUUGGUUAUAAAAUAAAGUAAAAGAGUUUGUUGUUGUCAUUGAAAGAAAGCGACAAAUCCGGCAUUUUUUUAGUCGAAUUCAAGCUUGUGUUCGACAUGUCUUCGAUUGAAUCCAAACGAGUGCAGUACCGCAAGUACUUGGAGCGCGCCGGUGUUAUAGACGCACUCAGCAAGGCGCUGAUUAAACUCUAUGAAGAACAGAAUAAACCAGAUGAUGCCAUACGCUUUGUGCGUAAAUUUAUGUGUGAGUCUUGCCCGGAUGAUGAUCAGUUCGACAUGAUGAAAGCUGAUCUCGAUGAAGCCAAUAAGACUAUAGCACGGCUGGAGCAAGAAUUGGAACGUUUGCGCAGUCAAAUCAAGAAGACACCCGAGGAGAUCGCUGAGUUACUGGAGGAGGGCUUCAAGAGUCUGACGGAGGAUGAAGAGUACAAUAGCUCACUGCUACGCAAAUAUUUGACGCGUGAAGUGUUGGACGAGUAUAUGAUGACGACAACUGCAGCGCCCACUGAAGCCAAUCUUUUCGAUUGUAUACAAUCGGGUACAACACAUCACGACUCCAGUUGUGGCGUUUAUGCUGCUGAUGCCGAAUCGUAUGAUGUCUUCACCAAACUCUUCGAUCCGGUUAUACGCGACUAUCACGGUCAAUUGGAAAAUGAGAGCGAUAUACUGCAAAAGGAAACCGAUUGGGGUAAUGUAGAUGAGAUUGAAAACUUGGAUCCGGAGCGCAAAUAUAUACUGUCGGCAAGAAUUCGCACAGCGCGCAAUCUGGAAGGCUAUCCGUAUUUCCCGAAAUUGCGUGAGAAACAGUAUAUUGAAAUAGAGGAGAAAGUGCGUUCAGCCGCUGAGGGUUUGGAUGGUGAGCUAACUGGCGCUUACUACAGCAUGGGCGAGAUCGAGCCAGAUAUUCAACGUGAAAUGGUCGCACGCCAUAUACUGUUCAAACGUGGCGAUGAAUACUUAACCACUGCAGGUUGUUAUCGUUUUUGGCCUACCGGCCGUGGUAUAUUCCAUAAUCCGGCUGAAACAUUUUUAAUUUGGGUUAAUGAGGAGGAUCAUUUGCGUAUAAUAUCGAUGGCCAAGUGCGGUGAUUUAGGCGACGUCUAUAAUCGUUUGGUUACGGGCAUAACCGAAUUGGAGAAGUCACUGCAAUUUGCGCGUCAUCCGCGCUACGGCAACUUGACAGCCUGCCCCACUAAUCUUGGCACUACGCUUCGCGCUUCGGUACAUAUUCGCUUGCCAUUGCUGUCCGCGCAGGAGGAUAAGCUCAAGGCCAUGGCGGAUGAGUUGAGUUUGCAAAUACGUGGCACAGGUGGUGAGCAUACACAAAUAGAGGAUGGUGUUAUGGAUAUAUCGAAUAGACGUCGCUUGGGGUUUAGCGAAUUUGAAUUGGUCAAAUCGCUACAGGAGGGCAUAGUCGCAUUGAUUGCCGCUGAAGAGGAGCUUGAAGCUGGCGGUGGUGAGGAUUAAGCGCAUUAAAACACUCUAUGAGUUUUUAAAACGUCUAUGAGUCUGCUGACAAAAUUUGAACUAUAUUUCUGCAGCAACAACAGCAAGUAAAAUAAACUUAAUUUCACACUAUUCUUAUUUAUAAAAUUCUUUAAUGUUUUAGCGUAAUAUUUUCUGUUAUCCAUUCAAGUUUUAACUAUGACUGAAUUCGUGAAACUCGCACUAAUAAACUCUGAAAUCACUUGUUUCUCAUAGUGAAGAUA